AUGAUCGAAAUUACGGUAAACGAUCGCUUGGGCAAGAAAGUUCGAAUCAAAUGCAAUCCAACCGACACCAUCGGCGACUUGAAGAAGUUGAUUGCCGCACAAACGGGAACCAGGUACGAAAAAAUUGUUCUGAAGAAGUGGUACACUAUUUACAAGGACCACAUCACCCUCCAGGACUACGAAAUCCAUGAGGGAUUCAACUUCGAACUCUAUUACCAAUAG